AUGGACACAGACUAUGCGAAGCGAGUGUAUCAAGGCGUCAGAGUCAAGCAUACAGUCAAAGACCUGCUGGCAGAGAAGAGAUCCCGACAGACAAAUGGGCCCAGAUACAGUGGGGGAUCGACGACUCCACCUUCAUUUGUCCAGAUGCCAGGGUCUCACAUGUUGCCCAGCUACUACGGCGUGAGGCGUCCCUUCAUCUCCGACUCCGACUUCUGUCAAUCCACCAAGCUGUUCUCCCCUGACGUCUACUCCUCCAGCCUCGGGGGUAAACCUCUGGGCUGUGACCCGUCCACGAUGUCCGGCUACUCCUCCCUUAUUGACAGCUACUACCCAGAGGCCUUUGGUGAUUACCGCAGCGCCGCCGCCUUCUCCAGCUCUGGAGGAUCCUUCCUGCCCUCGUCGGCCCUCUCUUCCCUGCCGCCUCCCUUCAAUGGAGAGUCCUCGCAUCUUUUUCUGAGAGACUCAUGGGAGCAGUCGGUUCCAGAGCCAGUAUCCCAGGUGGAGGCUCUAUGUCCUGACGGCCUGGCCUCCAUCAGCAUCCCGCCCUCCAUGCCCAGUCCAGAGCCCCCGGGUAGCCCCUCCCAGUACCGGUCCACCAGCCGAGGCUCCUCCAUGUGCUCUGUCCCAGGCAGCCAGCCCUACACCCUGCACUCUCUGGAGGAAGCCCACUACCACUCUUUAACCAGCAGCUCCUAUACCACCCCCUCCUCCUCCUUCGCCUGCCCUCCAUAUAUGAGCAGCCCUGCCAGCGAUCUGGUGUCCAAGAUGGUUACGGAGGAGGCCAACGGCCACGGCAGCCUCCCAAACAAUGUUGAGGCUCAAGCCUCCUGGGCAAAAGAGGAUGGGGUGAGCCCCUGGUCGCCCUAUGAGAUCAGGAGGGCCUUCUGA